AUGAGUCGAUCACUCCUGUCUCGAUGCAACCUUCGGUCUAUAAGCACAUCAGCUUGCCGGAAUGAAUAUGUGUAUGGCCUGUCAAGUGUUCAAGCUGCGUUACAUGCUCGAAAGCGCGUCCAUUUGGAUAAACUCUACAUUCAAAAAACGAUCGAUCGGUAUAUACAUUUAAUUUUUUUUUUUCGUGUAUUCUAUGGUGCGUCUCGCAAGACUAAACAAAAGACAAGCACACGUGUAUCUCCCAUCUUGGAUGCCUGCCAGCAGCAGAACAUACCAAUUUCCCAGGUAGAUAAAGGUGAACUGAACAAUAUGUCAGCCAACAAACCGCAUCAGGGUGUUGUGCUUGAUGGCUCUCCACGGAUACCGAUCACUCUUCAGGGCAUGUCCAAAGUGGAUAAUGGAGAGUAUUAUGGUGUGACCCAAAAGCCAGUGUCAUUCAAGACUGCUUCGGAUCGACCCCCUGUGUGGGUCGUUCUGGAUGAAGUUCAGGAUCCUCAGAAUCUCGGCUCUAUCUUAAGGACAGCGUACUAUUUAGGAGUGGAUGGCGUGCUACUAUGUAGCAAGAACAGUGCUUCCUUGACACCGGCCGUUUCCAAAGUGAGCGCUGGUGCCAUGGAAUUGAUGGAUGUGUACGCAACACGGAACCUUGUCAAGUUUCUUCAGGCUUCGUCUGAGGAAGGCUGGCAUAUUGUUGGAGCUGCAGCUAUGGAAACGUCGGCAGACUACUUGCACAGCAGCAAAGUUGUUGACAAGCCGACAAUGCUGGUACUGGGCAAUGAAGGUGUAGGACUGAGAUAUAAUGUGAAGCGAUGCUGCAACCAGUUCAUCAGCAUACCAUCUGUGGGUGAUACCAAGAGUGAUCUGGUUGAUAGUUUAAACGUUGGUGUUGCUGCUGGUAUAUUGAUAUCCCGACUUUGUCUGUAA